AAUUGUCAACCGUGUUUGGCAUCACUGAGCUGAACUCCCAUCCAUCUCGUUUCCUCUCUUUUUCUCUCUCUCUCACACACACAAGCGCUGAUAUUUUUCGGAGCACGGCACUGUUCCAGAGCUAAACUGAAGUGCAGUCGAGCCGUAGGCACGGCGAGGCUGCCCUAAAGGUCGAUGAUGAAACAUAUUUGGGCGCCCCGCUUGCCAAUCAAGUGUUCGUUGUAUCCAAUUGGUCCUCCCUCUGAUAUUAUCAUUCCAUCCUCUGCUGGUGUAAUCCGCUGGGCUUUCCGCUGUCCUCAUCCGCCAGCCGACAUAGGCCCCCCCCCCUCUCUUCUUUUGCGAAUCGGCACUAACUCUUGCUCACAUUUUGCAACACAUUUGCGCUAUUUUAGAUAAUCGCCGCGUAAUUACGGGGCAUGUAAAACCCUGCUUCGUUCGGCGAUUUCGUUUUCAGUUCGGACCGAGACGCCGUUGAUGUUUUCAGCGUCCAUGUCCUCCCGUAGGCUGUGCCGCGGAGGGAUACUUCGGAGUGAACCGACAAUGUGGAGGCUGUUAAAAUGUCUACUUGGAAAAUGAAAUGGGUACAAUUUCUCUAACAAUAAGGAAACGGGCCGAGACAAGAGUUAUGGUUGUGCGAUAGAGGCGUGAUUUUUACCCCUUUUUAAUUUACUUUUCGUGACGAGGACGAGAGCGAGACGAGGCGUCGGGAGGAGUGCUUCAUAUUGUCUUUCCUCAUUUUCAUCAAGCCCACAGUCCGGACCACGGGGGGAAGGAUCCUAUCCCCAACUUUGUUUUUUUCUCUCUACUCCAGCCGUUGAUUUCUCCCUGUUGGAUGCCACAUAAUUGAACCCAGUCGCUUGCUGACACUGAAAGGGCCAAGUGAACGGCAGCAGAGAAUGGCUGCAGUGGAAACAGACAAGGAGCUCAACGACUUGCUGGAUUUUAGCGCGAUGUUUGAGCCUCCAGUUACAAAUGGCAAAAAUCGGCCGACCACACUCGGCAGCAGUCAGUUUGGAGGAUCUGGUAUAGAUGAGAGGAGUGUGUCCAGUCCCUGGGGGCCAGGACAACAGAACAGUCCAUCUUUCAACCAGGGAAGAGGUUAUGGAGAAGAAGGCCUUUACAGUGAGCAAGAGCAAGGCAUUGCGUCUGGCCCCAUAUUUGGACCAGGGCUUGUUGGGAAGGCUGAGCGAGGGCCAUACUCGUCGUUUGCAGCUCAGCAGGGCUUUAUGCCCAGUGAGAUACCCAUGCCCAGUCCCAAUGCCAUCUCCCCAUCUGGCCUGAAGUCCAACUCCCAGUUUUACUCCUCUUAUGAGGGAAACAACCCUCGCAGGAGACCUGCACAGGACCCCAUUGAAUCGCAGCCAAAAAAGAUCAGGAAGGUGCCCCCUGGCCUGCCCUCCUCGGUUUAUGCACCGGCCUCGGGAGAGGACUUUAACAGGGACAAUGCCGGCUACCCGGCCUCAAAGGCAGGAAACGUCUACCCAUUCUACAUGCAAGAAGGCCUCCACCCGCCCUCCGAUCCAUGGGGCUCUGCUAGGUCGAUGGUUCAGCCCGGUUAUUCUGCCAUGCUGGGCAACUCCCCCCAUCUGAGCCAGCAUGCUCCCUUCACUGCCAUCAACCCUCAAGACAGACUGAAACGACAGCCCCUGCCCCUCUCUCCGCAAAACUACCCCCUGCAUGGCAGUGAAGUGAGCGGGGCUCAUCCCGCUGGCCUCCACUCUAGCUCCAGCAGCUUUGGAGUCCCCAGCCACACACCCCCUAUCGCUGGCACCGACACCGUUAUGGCCAAUCGUGGAGCAGUACCUGGAAGUUCAGGUGAUGAAAUUGGAAAAGCCCUGGCAUCUAUCUAUCCUUCAGAUCCAAACAGUAAUACCUUCCCUCCGUCCCCGUCUACUCCCUCUGGCUCUCCACAGGCUGUAUCAGGCUCUGCAUCCCAGUGGACUCGGUCCUCUGGCCAGGCUACACCUUCACCCAACUAUGAUGGUGGAAUUCAGUCCAUGGCGAGUAAAAUGGAGGACCAUCUGGACGAAGCCAUCAACGUUCUUCAGCGUCAUGCCAGCGGACAAGGAGUACCAGGCCUGGCUGAAAUGCACAAUCUGCUCUCGUCUGGCUUAGGUUUACCUCCAGCCUUCACCAGCGCAGCGCUUGGACUGGCCAGUCGCCUGCCAGGACUGAUGUCCGGCCACCAUGAGGACUCUGGUCUGCCCUCUAGUGGAGGACUUUUGCAUGGUCACAAUGGCUCAGCGUCUGCCCAGCCAGGCUCUCAGCCUGCCGUAUCUUUCGGAACUCUUUUAGCAGGCCUGUCUGGUAGUCUGAAUCGUUCCAGCAGUGCUGAUAUCAAACGAGAGGACAAGGAGGAUGACGAGAACUGCUCCAUCACUGACAGGUCAGAGGAUGAGAAAAAAGACGUGAAGCCCCGUCUUGGAACAAGUGUUGUCUCGGUGACUGACGAGAACCUGACCACCGAGGAGAAGGAGCAGAGGGAGCGUGAGCGCCGUCUGGCUAACAACGCUAGGGAGAGGGUGCGCGUGCGCGACAUUAACGAAGCCUUCAGAGAGCUGGGCAGGAUGUGUCAGGUCCACCUGCAGAGCGACAAGGCCCAGACCAAGCUUAUCAUCCUGCAGCAGGCUGUCCAGGUCAUACUGGGCCUGGAGAAGCAGGUGCGAGAGCGUAAUUUGAAUCCAAAGGCUGCCUGCCUCAAGAGGAGAGAGGAGGAAAAAGUUUCAGGUGUUGACCCUCAGAUGCAGCUCGGUGGGGGUCACCCCGGUCUGGGAGGAGAUGGACAUAUGUAAUUCUCAGUUCCUGUACAGCCCAUAGAACACGUGGCCUUAAUCUAUCAUUGUCAUGCAUCUCAGUGUGUGUUAAUCAACUUUGGGAAAGCACACACGCACACACACCUCAUUACUGACAAGGCAGGUGGCCACAUUCCUGACGAUGAAUACAAAAGUAACAAGCACACUCUCACAGAAAGAGGAAACAUUUAUUAAUCUUUACGUGACAAUACUUAGAACCGAGGACGCUGUUUUGGAGACAGUGGAAAUUGGAUACGAGGACGUCCUCGCGUGUUUUUGUAAGACAUUUUGAAAAGUUGCUUUACACGUUGGGAGCAAAAACUUUUUGGAUCAAAAAAAAAAAACUUUUUGGAUCAAUUUUGCUCACGUGAGCAGAGUUAGGAUUUGCAUUGUUGGAUAAUUAUUGGCAUUCCCAUCUGAAAAGGAGGUCUUACAUUCUUCACAAGCAAAGAGGGACAGCCGGGUUUAUAUCUUAUGAUUGAACAAACCUGUUUAAGCCUGCAAGAGGCCGAAUGCAAAGUGUUUGAUUAAGAUAAAAACAGCCGUCUGAGUCUUCAUGUGAUGACUGAAUUACAGAUGUAGGUUUGAAGACAUCCGCCCUCUGACUGGUCAAUCGAAGAGCCUGCUUCUCUUUUUGAUAUGCUGGUAACUCUGGUUGUAUUUUUUAAAUUUCUUGCUUUGGCUGUAAUGGUGCCACAGUCGCCGACUCACAUGUGCAGUGGGUUGUUUUUUGUUUAUUUUUGACUGUGGAUCCCCGAGUCUUAUCUCCUCUACAUGUGUUAUUGUCGCGGCCACUCAAGCGGAGCAAAAAGACUGCCGGAGAGAGACCCCAGCCAGACACACAAACACGAGCAAAGACUCAAUCCUGGAUCCACAGCGAAGUUGAAAUCCCAACCUUCCCUCGGUGAGGCUGCUGGCGGACACUGCUCGCAUCCUUCAGUCUCAGCCACUCGAAUACAGCCAGCGUCACAUCAGCCUGACAGUCGAAUCAUACCAUAAGACACUGUUCCAGCACGGUGAACUCACUCAACACAAGUCUCAGAGCAAUUUGUAUUGUGGUAAAAGACAUUUUGAAAAACUGAGUAUUGAAAGGGAUCAUGAGUGUUACUGCUAUAUUGUGGAGAAUUUACUCAAUCGCCAUUGACUGACUUGUUGUGGUUGUUGCUCUGUUUUGAGCAUUUUUGGUGUUUUUUUCCCCCCCUUUUGAACAAUUUGCAAAGCCUGUUGUAAGGAUCUUCCUUUUGUAGAAUUGAUUUAUCUUUUUUUUUAAAUUUUAUUUUAUACUUUGUAAGAUAGACGUAUGAGUUUUGUUUUUAUCAUUUGGAAUGCUUUUUUCUUACUUUCUUUCUUUUGUUUGUUUACAUUGUUUAAAUGUAAGACGACUCUCAGUUUAGAUUCCAGGAACAAAGUGAGGUGUUUUUUCUUUUGUGCCAGGUGCUUAGAAAUGUUAGAGAAGACAAGAUUAUCUGGCUGUAACAUCAUCACAUGUUGUGAUAUUGCUCUUUUGUUGCUUUUGAAUGCCCAUUUCAAAACAAACCUGUCAGGCCAGUUGUAAUUGAAUUUUUCUGGUAUUUGCGACAGUUUCUCUUUAAAUGAAUUUAAUAUUUUUCUUCGGCACGCCCCCGUCUCCUCUCCCUAACACCCAGCUCUCUUAUGAGCUUGUUGAUGAGUUUGGAAGUGGCAGCAGGGGCGGUCUGGAAAAUCUGCAACAUAACUCUCUCUUUCAUUCUGAUGUGAAGCAUAAAAUGAAUCAAAAAGGCUGGCCUGAGUCAUUUUCCUGACUUUAGGAGUUUUGAUAAUGGUAACUCACCAGUGCCUGAAUACUUAUCUGCUACAUGGUGGAUGAUGUUGCAUUUGAGGAUUUUUAGGUUUUACCUUUUUAUAAUACAGAUAUAUCGAAACAUAAAUACUUCAGUAACAUCUGACAGCAUCUAAAUGAAGAGUUACACUCAGCGACGCCGAGCGCUUCAGUGUCUGCGUGUCAUUAAGUGUAAGAUGACUAAUAUCCUGGUCUACAGCUCUGACUCAGAAAAUUGUACUUAAAAUUUCUCAUCUUCUCUGAACUGAUUAUGUUAAAUAUAAUUUUGUCCCUGACUGGCAUGUGCAUUGAUAUGUAUGUACAGCUGUACGAUAUGUCCUCAUCAGCUUUAUCGCUGUAAGCUGAUUCUGAUAUGUGACAGUAUUUGGUUUACCUGUCAUUUGGUCACAGAUCUUGCCCUAUGGACUAGCCCAAAACAAUUUCUUUGUCAGCUACUCUCGCCUCUCUGCAGAAGAACCUGGUGUUGUUGUGACAUAAAAGGUCGCUACUGAAGACUUUUAUUUCUUCACAUGAAAAGUAUCAAAAGAUGCACCUGAUAUUCUUUGUUAACAGACCCUUUCUGUCCUCCACAACAGAUGACCCGCUACAGAUCUCUCUGUCUUCAAUCAUGUUUGGGGACAGCAUCUAUGUAGGCUAUGUCCUCAAAGUGCCUCCUGUUUCCUAUUUUUUAUAUAUAAAGUAGAUAUCGAGAACUGUUGUGUAUAUAACAGUAAUGUAGCAAUAAAUGUGCCAUUUUUAAUAACAAAAAAA